AUGGCAAGCUGCUCGAGCCCCCGCUGCCUGCUGCUCUUGCACUUGCGCUCCCCCCUCCCCUCGCCGCUUCCCCGCUUCUUCUCGCCGUUUCCCCCCUCCCAUCGCCGCUUUCCCCCUCCCCUCGCUGCUUCCCCCUUCUCUAUUCCCAUCGCCCCACCCCUCCUCCUCACCACUUCCACAUCCCCCCUCGCCGUCUCCUCUCCACCUGCUCGCUGCGCUCCACCACGCCGCACUCCUCUGUCAUUCCUUCGUUCCUCCACCCCCCAGUGGCGCCCUGCGUCCUCCCCACCCCAUGCACCCCAUGCAUGCACGUGCCGGCACGUGUGCAUCGGAGCGCAUGCACUGGUGGAUGGGCGCGCAUGCACUGCUGGGUGGCCUCAAAUCGCACCCAUGCGCCGCUCGCCGCCCCUUUUCCACCCUCGCAUGGGACUGGACUUGUACGCGCCGGACGCCUUCUGCUGCCUUCUGCUGGUGGAUGGGCGCGCAUGCACUGGUGGAUGGUCUGACAUGGCACCCAUGCGGCCCUCGCCGCCCCUCGUCCACCCGUGUAAUGGGACUGGACUGGACUGGACUGGACUGGACUGGACUGGACUGCUACGCGCCGGACGCCUGCGUGCACGCCAUCAGACGCCUGCUGGCCCACGGUGGCCCCAACCCAACUACACGCCGUUGAUCCGGCCAAGCCCUUCACUCUCCGCCCUCCUCGCCACUCCCCAUCCCCUGCAGGCGUUCAUAGGGCUACUGGGCACGGUGGGCCCCACGUACACAGGGGUCAUCGUGGCGGAUGUGGGCGUGGCGCUCUUCGGCCUCGUGGCCAUCGCCAGCGGCUACCAGGCGCUGGGGCGCACAUACGCCGCGCUGCUGCUGCUCAUGCUGCUCCUCGACUCCCUCUGGCUCACCCUCUUCGCCCCCCACAUCUGGUGCCCUCUUCGCCCCCCACAUCUGGUGCCCUCUCUCUCCUCUCCUUCCCUCACAUGCAUGGAGCGAGGAGUUGACGGCGCCGUGGAGGCAGCACCCGCUGGUGGCGGCAGCAGUGCUGCUGGAGCUCACGUGCCACUCCCUCACCUUCGCGCUGCGCCUCCUCUCUGCCCUGCUCUGGCUUCAGCAUCCAGCAUGCACUCCCUCCAUUCCGCCACCCCAUCCUGCCUCUCCCCACUGCAGAUGCUGCGCCUGGGCCUGGCGGACGGCAGGGAGGGCACGCCCGUGCCCAGCUCAGAGGUGCACGCCUACCUCCCUGCCUACGACAGCCUCGGCCCGUACCGCCCCGCAGGCUCGGCCACGCCGGACCUGAGUCCCACAGCAGGGCGGGAGCAGGCGGUGAGCGAUGAGUUCGUGGGCAGCGCCAUCUUCCACCCCUCGGCCUUCGCCACGCUCUUCCAGUCGGAUCAGCUCCUCAACUACCUCUCUGAGCUCUCUGGCCACCACUACCCACUCCCACUCACGACCUUCUCCCCUGCCACCCACUCCCUUCUCCUCUCCCUCUCACUCCCUUCUCCUCUCCCACUCACUCCCUUCUCCUCUCCCACUCACUCCCUUCUCCUCUCCCACUCUCCUUUCUCUCACACUCUCCCUCCUUUCUCACGCUCUCCCUUGUCCCCCACUCAUUAUCCUCUCCUCUCCCCUUACUCCCUCUCCCACUGUGCGAGUGGACAGGACGGCAGCAGCAGCGCGCCCAACAGCCUGGACAGCAGCUAUGGGGGGCACCCCGUGGUCGCAGGCGCGGAGGACACCGAGGUGCAUGGGUGGGAAUGGGCGGGAUGGGGUGAUAUGGGCUGA